CAAGAUUUGUUUUAUUAACUAUUAAUAAAAUAUAAAUAUUAUUUGCAUUCGAUUGAUUUUAUAAGUAAUUGUUGAAACUCUGUACUUUAAUAAUUAAUUUAAUAUUUAAAUAAUUUGUAUUACUUAAUGUCUUUCGUAUGGUUGAAUCUUUUCAAUCUCUUGAAAAUAACCAACGUACGGUUGUAAAAAGAUGAAACGUUUAAAGAGCGAAUUAAUUAAUGCUACAAUUGAAUCAUAUUUAAAACGACGUCAUUAUCAGACUAGCGACGUUUUUUGUAAAAACAAUCAAGUAUAUUGUAGAACAAGUGAUGAAAUGACUCUGAAUGCAACUGCUGCUUCUGCCACAUCUCAAGAUAAUUCAAUUAUUUUUAGUGCCAUUAGUAUUGAUGUUGCUGCUGCAGAUCAAGCAUAUCAGCGAUUAAAGAUGUGGGUAAAUAUUGUACUCGAUGAUAAAUUAAAAAUGGAAUUAAAAGGGCUUCUAUACCCUGUAUUUUGUCACUUGUAUUUAGAGAUGCUACAUGCUGGUAACAGACAAGCAGCAAUUCAAUUUCUAAAAACACAUCAAAAUGAGUUCAAUAGUGAAACAGAGAAAGAUUUUUUAGAAGAACUAUCUAGUGUGUUUUCAGUACAAGAUAUUGAAUUAAGACCUUUAGUAAAUUCAUUUAGAACCAGAAAAUAUAAAGUGGAUAUGUCUGAUGUUGCUCAUUUAUGUCUUCAACAAUUUCUUUCAAAACAUGGACAUAUAAUAUUAAUGCAGAUAAUAAAUACUCAUGUAACAAUAAUUAAAAAAAUGAAUGUGCCUGAAACAGAUACAGAUGGUUGUGAAGAAACAGGUUUACGUUCUGAAGUAGGAAUUAAUGGAUAUAUAGAACAACCAUUAGGUACUGGAGCUGAUCGUGAAAUGAGAGAACUCCAAGAGGCUAUAAGAUUAAUCCGAAAUAAUGCUCAUCAACCUCUACGAAUAUUUGCAGUAAAUAAUGCUGUUGAAAAUGCGAGUAGUGGUAUAAUUCCACCGAAUAUGGAUAAAUUAGCAGUAGGAUUUAGUACUACAGAAAUUAGGUUAUGGGGUAUAAAUGAAACAGUAUUAAUUAAGCCAAAGUAUGAAGAACCUUCUUUCACAUUUGCCUCGAAUAUUCCAUUUUUACAUCAAUUUUAUGAAACAUCGAACAGAAUGACUCAAGGAGGGGCAGUGAUACUUAGAGGUCAUACAGACAUUGUACAUGAUUUAAGGUUUAUUCCAGAAUCUGAUAUAUUACUUUCUGUAUCUAGUGAUAAAGAUAUGAGGGCAUGGAGACUUAAUGAUUAUACAUGUGCAGCUAUUUAUAGUGGUCAUAAUUAUCCUAUAUGGUGUAUGGAUCUUAGUGUAUUCAAUUUAUAUGUAGCAACAGGAUCUCAUGAUAGAACUGCUAAAUUAUGGUCCUUAGAUAGGAUAUAUCCAUUACGUAUAUUUGCUGGUCAUUUUUUAGACAUAAAUUGUGUAAAAUUUCAUCCAAAUGCUCGAUAUUUAGCUACUGGAUCUGCUGAUAAGACUGUGAGAUUAUGGGAUAAAGAUGACGGAAAUUUAUUAAGAGUAUAUAUAGGUGCACAAUCAACAAUUUACAGUUUAGCUUUUAGUCCAGAUGGAAAAUAUUUGGCAGCUGCAGGUGAUGACAAAUCCAUUUUUGUUUGGGACUUAGCAACUAAUGCAUUGUUAACAGAACUUAAAGGCCAUGAAGACACAAUUAUGAAUUUAGAUUGGAGUUUUGAUAGCCAAUACAUUGCUAGUGGAAGUUUAGAUGGCACUAUUCGUUUAUGGCCUACACAUGAUCAUAUUAAAACUGUUAAUAGUAAUUCAUCAAAUCUAGUACCUGAAACGGAAUCACCACAAAUAUACUCAACUUAUUGUUCGAGUAUUCUCUCUUUACAUUAUUAUAAUAAAAAUAAUUCACUCGUGUGCAUUGGAACUGUGGAUAAUUUGUAAUAUAUUGAGGAAAUGAAGAAUAUUAAAUACGUAUAUUUGUAAAUAAUGCCUUUUAUUAUUUUUCUUUGUAAAUUAUUACAUUGAAUAAAUUUUUUUUUAAUA